AUGGACAUGGUCCAAUGCGAUGAUUGCGAUAUGUGGAGCCACUUUGCUUGUGUGGGCGUCACUCAGGAAGUCGAAAAUCAAAGCUGGGUUUGUCACAAAUGCCAAACUGCCAAGGACACCCAGCAACACUCGACAACGAGUCAUCGAAGAGGAUUGGUCAGCCUCGAGGUUAGUGCAAUUGAAGAAAGACUGCUUAACCCCAAACCAUCAUCGGUAGAUCGCAACCCCCAAAAACAACAGCGCAGCAACAUACCGAAGGUGGUGGUUGUCUCUGCUAGCGAGGAAGGUCACUCCGCGAAGGCGCAGCAAUCCAACCAAAAACCUGCAUCUUCCAACGCAUCGUUACAUGCACUAUUGAAGUUGCAGUUGAUGAAGUUAGAGGAGGAACGUGCUUUUGAGGAAGAGCAAGCCAGAAAACAUCGUGACUACCUGAAAGAGAAGUACGCAUUAUUGGAACAAAUGUCAAACCACACCUGCUCGAACCGCAGUGAAUCCAGCGGACGAGUGCGAAACUGGGUGGAAGAGGUCAACGGUUUUGUGAUUGCCGGGAAUCUAGCUGACGGUGCAACAGAACCAUUCAUUCCUAAAGGACAUUCUACUAUCAACGGUGGAAAAUCCGCAGCUGAACAUCACAAUGGCGGUGGCAGAAGUGAUAUGAAUAGUGCACACAGAAAUAAAAUCACCCACAACCCCCCCACAACGGGGUAUCACAAUUUACGCUCGCGUGGACCGCAGUUAGUGAAUCCGAACAGUACUCCACUAUAUGGUGAGAGAAGCUCGGAUCGCAUACCAGCCAAAGACUACCAGACUAGAGCCGGAACAUCCAUGCAUGCACUCCAAGGAGUUUGGAACAAUCAACCGAACCAGUCUGUGGCUCAUCAAAGCAACGCUUCGCAGUUUAAUAGCGUCGGCAAUCAUCCAUCACAGCUCCAACAACCUACAUGGCACAACACUUCUCCCCCCUCACACAUUCAACUGGCCUCUCGGCAAGCCGUAUCAAAAGAUCUUCCUCUCUUCUCCGGAAAUCCUGAGGACUGGCCGAUCUUCGUUUCAACUUUUGAAAGUUCGACCGCAAUGUGCGGUUAUUCAAAUGAAGAAAAUAUGAUCCGACUACAAAGGUGCCUUAAAGGAAAGGCGUACGAGGCUGUUAAGAGUUCCUUAAUGCACCCGACAAACGUGACCAAUGUUAUGAACACACUAAGAGUGCUCUACGGUCAGCCUGAAGCAAUUAUUCACUCCCUGAUCGUGAAAAUAAACACAAUUCCAACGAUCAAAGAAGAUAAGCCAGAGCUGUUGGUUGACCUUGCUGUUAAAGUACAGAACUUCUGCGCAACUGUCGAUGCAUGUGGCCUAGAGGAUUAUAUGUAUAACGUCUCUCUUCUCCACCAACUGGUGAACAAACUGCCUGCGACAUUGAAACUGGAGUGGGCUCGACAUCGCUUAACUCUUCCAAGGGUCAACCUGGCGACAUUCGGAGAAUGGAUAUUUUCACUUGCGGAGGCUGCUAGUAUUUUAACAAUACCAACUGAACUGCAGCAACAUAACCCAACAAAAACUUUUAUAAAUUCGUCAAAAAAGACCAGCACCUACUUACACACGCACUCCGAACUCCCUAUUGGAAAUGAAGAUGCUUCGAAAUCCAGCAAAGAAAGCUCUUGGAAGAAACCAACUAAUAACGACAACUGCCCAGUUUGCAAUGGGAAAUGUAAGUCAGUAUCGAACUGCAAGCGCUUCCUUCAGUUUUCUCGAGACGAUAGGUGGGCCGCCGUGAGGGAAUUCACACUAUGUCGUCGAUGUCUCUCUCGUCACGAAGGAAAAUGCGAUACGAAACCGUGUGGAAAAGCUGGUUGCACUUUUUACCAUCACGAGUUGCUCCAUAACGACAAGAAAUUCCAAAACUAUACAUCGAAUAACUCUACACCUACAGUGCACCCUGGCACUUCACCGGCCGGACCCAGCAAUGUACAUGGGUGCAACGAAUAUCAGUCGGCUCCAAACGCUGUACUGUUCCGCUAUCUUCCGGUUACCCUGUACGGAAAUGGGAAAUCUACCCGAACGUACGCCUUUCUGGACGAAGGUUCAGCCAUUACUCUGAUAGAUCAAGAGCUAGCUGAUCAACUGGAGCUGGAGGGUCCGAUCAAUCCACUCUGCUUGCGGUGGACAGGAGGUACCGAACGAAACGAGACGAGCUCGCGCACAGUAAACGUGAAAAUUGCUGGAAUUCAGGCACCUGCUAAACAAUUUCAACUCAAUGGGGUUCGCACAGUAAAAGAGCUGAUGCUGCCGUUCCAGUCUCUUAAUAUGGAGGAGAUAGCCCUACAAUAUCCGCACUGCCUGAAUCUGCCGAUCGAGUCUUAUUCAAAUGUGCGCCCUCGGAUUCUUAUCGGUCUAAAGCACGCUCGAGUGAGCCUAGUGCUGAAAAGCAAGGAAGGAAGCCUGGACCAACCUAUCGCCGUCAAAACUAGACUGGGAUGGACAAUCUGCGGAGGAUGCGGCACUAAAGAUACAUCAAACUUUGUUCACUACGCCUUCCACGUCUGUGAAUGCAGGCACCAAACUGACGAAGAUGUACACCAAAUGGUCAAGGAAUAUUUUGCCAUAGACAGUCUUGGCAUCAUGAAAUUAAAUAAAGAUCCGCUAUCAACAGAAGACCAAAGAGCCAUCUCACUCCUUCAAACACUGACUAAGUACAACGGAGAACGAUAUGAGACCGGCCUACUUUGGCGUUACGAUGGCGUCCGCUUACCAGAUAGCAAGGAAAUGGCUCUGCGCAGAUACCUGAGCCUCGAGAAGCGAAUGCAGAAAAGUCCAGAGCUGGGCAAUGCUCUGCAGAAGCUAAUGUCUGAGUACUUGGCUAAAGGGUAUGUGCGCAAACUGUCGGAGAAGGAACUUAACAGGCCUUACCCAAGGGUGUGGUAUUUGCCAAUAUUCCCCGUUUUUAACCCCAAUAAACCGGGUAAAAUUAGAAUUGUAUGGGACGGAGCCGCAAAGUCUUUUGGAGUGUCUCUAAAUUCAGCGCUGCUUACAGGUCCCGAUCAGCUAUGCUCUCUAUUCGCAAUACUGCUGCAAUUCCGCGAAUUUCGUGUAGGUCUCACGGGCGACAUCAAGGAAAUGUUCCACCAGAUUCGCAUGCGUGAGGAAGACCAACAAUGUCUACGAUUCUUCUGGAAAGACGAGGCUGGUGACACUCAGAUCUACGUAAUGAAUGUGAUGUCGUUUGGCGCUAGCUGCUCCCCGGCCAGUGCUCAGUACGUGAAGAACAUCAACGCAGAUAGAUUCAUAGAAGAGUUUCCAGAGGCCGUUGAAGUUAUUAAGAAGCGACACUACGUGGAUGAUGCGAUGUUCAGUGUCGAAACACCUGAGCAUGCAAUUCGCCUGGCGCAAGAAGUCAGACAGCUACACUCUGCCGGUGGAUUUGAGGUAAGAAACUGGGUGAGCAACUCUCAACAAGUGCUAGCCGUGUUAAACGAAAGCAAUACGUCGGAGAAAAAUAUGGACCUGUCGGCUGGGCCAAUGGCUACAGAAAAGGUGCUAGGAAUGUGGUGGUGCACAUCAUCGGACGAAUUUGUGUACAAAAUUGGAUGGAAUCGUUAUAACCCUGAUCUGCUCACUGGCCGUCGUCGACCCACAAAGCGCCAAAUGCUCCAGGUCCUAAUGACGAUUUUUGAUCCUCUUGGGUUAAUCGCACACUUUCUCAUGUAUUUGAAAGUCCUUUUACAAGAAGUCUGGCGUGCAAACGUACAAUGGGAUGAAGAAAUUCCCAAUCCCUUGUUCGAGAAAUGGAGAACAUGGCUACUAGUCUUGCCUAAGGUAGAAAGCGUUAGAAUCCCACGGUGUCUUCGUACUUCGACGAUUCUUAGCGACUGCGAAGUACAACUGCAUCUUUUCGUAGAUGCAAGCGAAAAUGGAAUAGCCGCCGCUUCGUUUCUACGAUUUGAACGCGAAGGCCGUGUCUGCUGCUCUUUAGUUGCCGCAAAAACCAGGGUAGCUCCUUUGAGGUAUCACUCCAUCCCGCGACUAGAAUUGCAGGCCGCCCUUAUAGGAGCUAGACUAGCACGAACAGUAACACAAUCCCUUUCAACUCAGGAUCAUUGCAAAUCCUACUGGACUGACUCUCGCGAUGUCCUCAGCUGGAUUAACUCAGACCACCGUCGUUAUAGCACGUUUGUGGCGUGUCGAGUUAGCGAAAUUCUCGACCUCACAGAAGCACCUGAUUGGCGUUGGGUGCCGUCCAAACUGAAUGUAGCAGAUGACGGCACCAAGUGGGAGACGGAGCCAAAUAUGACCCAAGAAUCCAGAUGGUUUAGAGGCCCAGAAUUUCUCUACCUCAGUGAAAAGGAAUGGCCCAAGGAUUCCUCGAAGUCAACGCAUACAGACAAUGAACUGCGACCUUCUUUCAUGGCACAUCAUUACUCCCCUAAAACCACCCUCGUUAUCUCAGCCUUUCUGGGCUGGAGUGGGCUACGCAAUGCGGUAGCUUACGCCCAGCGCUUUAUCGCAAACUGCAAACGCAAGCAAAAUAGAAAGCCCAAAUUAAAAGGGCCACUGUCCAGAGAUGAACUCUACGCAGCUGAAGGUUUUCUGUUCCGUUUAGCUCAGCAAGAAGGUUACACCGAUGAGAUGAUCAUACUAACCAAUAAUCACAGUGACCAAACAAAGACACUCCCGAGAAGCAGCCCACUUUAUAAAUUGUCACCAUGGAUUGACGAUCGCGGAGUGAUGCGGAUGCGCAGUUGA